AUGGCCAUCGGCGUUCGCAUCGCUUUACGCAAGCUGGCCGAGAACUGUGGAUUCAGCGACAAGCAGCCCCCGCUGGACAUAAUGCUCAGGGACCGGUUAGUCUUUGGGAUUUCCGACAGCAUAGUGCAGCAGCGCCUGUUGGCCGAGAAGAACCUAACCUUUGAGACAGCCUAUGAUUUAGCAGUCACAGCCGAAUCUGCUGCAAAACAUCAAAAAGCUAUGGGAAGUCAGCGUCAGGAAAGUCGGGAUGUUACAGCCAAGGAGGGCAGCAUUCCUUUCGCUCUUAAGGAUGACGUCAUCACCGAGCUGGAUAAACUGGAGCGUCAGGGUGUUUUGAAACCAACCCAGUAUGCGGAAUGGGCCACUCCUGUGGCGAUUGCGUACCAGCAACUGGCGGUGGAUGAUUCGUCAGCAGAUGUGCUCACUAUCAACACAGUAAAGGGCCUGUACAAAGUGCGAGGCUUGCCGUUCGGUUUACCGCAUGUGGCGGCCUACCUUGACGGCAUUCUGGUGGCAAGCAAAACUUCUGAGGGACAUCACGAGGUCCUGAAUGAGGUUUUCAACCGAAUCCUGAAGAACCAACUUUGUGUUCAAUGUGCCAAGUGCCAGUUUUUCAAAGAGAGCCUGGAAUACUUGGGACACCGGAUAGAUGGAAGGGGCACCUACCCGUAG